UGUACAGUUAUAAUAUAAUCUAAACAGGGCAGUGGCCGUGUUGCUGACUUUUUCAAACGUUGGUUAUUAUAUACAAAAGAUUUCGAUGAAGCGAGCAAAGAUUCUGAAUUUCCAAUUGGAAUUGAUGAAAUUGUUACCGUAACUUCAGAACCACACACUACACCAACAACUGAUGAUACAAAUAGUUCAAAAAAAGAGUAAAAAUUCUAUAUUAAAUUAGUUGUUUUUGUAUUUUACUUGUGUAAUCUUUUUAGUACUUAUACACUUCUUAAAGUUCACCUUAAUUCAUCUUGCAAAACGUAAAGAAACCAACGUUUAUUUCAUUUUCUAUAAUUGUUUGUAUAAUUUUUUUAAAGGCUUGUAGAAUUAUUUCAACCAUAUAAAGAACGACUCGAAAAAGAUCUUGAUCUUCUUAUAUCACAUGACGAUGAUCUUAGUAAAGGAAAGAAGUCAAAUGAUAUAUCAAAUAAUACUUCAAAAGUUGAAAAAUCAAAUAAAUUAGAUGAAACGCUUCGACAAGUUAUGUAUUGUCUUCAGCCUGCUGUUCGUUCUGGUAUAGCUGUAUUUAACUUAAAUUCAGAUGAUAAUUUAUCUGAAACUAUUUUUCGUACUGUUUGCAAAUCACGUCAAAAAUACUUUGAAAGAAAAGAAAGUGAUCAAAAUUAUAUGAGCGUAAGGCAUGAAACAAACUCUAAACCACCACUAACUACAGAUGUUAAACGACAUCAUGCAAAUUCACGACAACAUGUUAAUCGAAGAGAUCAAAAUGCACAAAGAUCGCAAUUGUUACAGUUAGCAAUGGAUUGGAAUUGUAUUGAUGUUGCAAAAGAGUUAAUUCUUCAAAAUUCAUUAGAUAAUAUUCUAAACCAAAAAGAAGCUUUUUUGAAUGCAUUAACACGAGAUUUACCAGAAUUUGUUUAUGAAUUUAUCAAAUUGGGCAUUGAUCCAAGUAAAAUAUUCUUUGAAAAUAAUAUAUUCUUUGACGAUGAUACACCUCUUCGCCCCAUUUAUCGAUAUAGAAAAUUUCUUCAACGUUUGUACAGUAAUGACGCUGUGAAUAGUCAUAAAACUCAAUUAAGAGACUUUAUUGAAACUGAUAAUGUUGUUAGAAAACAUAUUUGUACAACCGAUGAGCUAAAUAAUGUUCUUACUACAUUGAUUGGUGAUUAUAUGCAUAAAUUAUACUUUAAUUCAAAUGCCGACGAGAUUAAAUAUCGAGCAUCAUGGGGUUUAAUAGAACAAAAUGUAGAGCAAAACCAAAUUAAUGCUCAAAAUCCUGACCACCACGUUAAACCAAAUAAAGAAAUAGUUUUUGAUAUUAUUAUGCGAGAUUUAUUUAUAUGGGCAAUACUUAUGAAUCAUACCGAAAUGGCUCAAGUCUUUUUAAGUCAUAUGAAAUAUCGAAUAUGUGCUGCAUUGAUUGCAACAAAAAUAUUAAAACAAUAUCAUCAUAAAACUCGAUAUGGUGAUUUAAGAGAUAACUAUGAGAAAAAUGCAAAAUAUUUUGAAGAAUAUGCUAUUGCAUGUAUAAAACAAUGCGAAAAAAAUGACACUGAUCUAGCAUGUGAAAUUGUUCUACAAAGAAUAGAACUAUAUGGAAAUGUUACUUGUCUUCAAAUUGCUGCUGAUGCAAAAGAUAAACUAUUUAUUGCAACACCAUGUUGUGUUCAAGCUAUGAAUAAUAUGUGGUAUAAUAAUAUUCAUCCGGAACAAUCGAAGAAACGAAAUAAAUUAGCUAUGGCUAUUGGAGUUUUUUCAUUUGGCCUUCUGGCACCAUUGUGGGUCACUUUUCGAGAUCCUCCACCGAUAGCAACCGACGAAAAACCUGAAAAAUCUUUACAAUCUUAUGGCAUACAUUAUUCCGAUCCAUAUGCAACUCCAUUUCAUCGAUAUACUAAAUAUUUUUCAAUAAAUAAUUAUAUGCAUCGUAUAAAAAAUUUUCAUCGAGCGUUAUGCAUGAAAUAUUGCUAUCAUUGGUUGAGUUAUUGUUUUUUCCUGUUACUUUUCUCUUAUGUACUUUUAUUUAACUUUCAACCACCAGCUGCUUCAGUACCAUCUAUCCAUUGGACUGAAAUUUUAACAAUUAUGCUUGUUUCUAUUAUGUUAAUUGAAGAAAUUCACUAUUUUGUUAGCCAAGAUAGUAUUACAAUACCUGGGAAAUGCAAAAGUUAUUUUAGGGAUCUAUUUAAAAUUAUGACCCUUAUUGGAUUUAUACUUUUUUAUGUUGGAUUAAUUCUACGGUUUACUCAUGCAGAUGAUGAGAAUGAAUUUGUCGCAGCUAGGUAAGAUGGUUUUUCUAAUAAAUAUAAUAUAGAUGAAAUAUUGUCUUAAAUAGAUUGUUUUUUGAGAACAUGACGAUAGUAAAAUAUCUCUUCUGUACUACUGUUCAAAAAGAAAACAACAAAAGAGAGUUUAUAUAUUGAUCAUUAUGCUGUUUUAUAGGACCUUUGAUCUUUUUGACUUUACAUAAUAUUUGUUGUUAUUUAGAGUAUGUGAUGUUUGCUUUGAGUUCCCAGAUGACAGACGAUAUUAAGUUUGAUAUUCUUUGAUGAGAAUAUUAAAUCAGAAUCAUUGUAAUCGAAACUUCAGAGAUAAGCAAAUGAGAAAGCUUUCAAUAAUCUUCA